AUGGGAGGAGUGGCAAGAAACCAUGCAGAUGCGCUUGGCAGAUUGGGUUGCGAUUCUAUCUUUAUUUCUGCAAUUGGCGACGAUCAGAAUGGACAAUUCUUCCGACAACAUAGUGACAGAUUUGACACCAAUAGAGUGAAAGUGGUACCUCACAAACCAACAUGCACAUAUCUAGCCGUGAAUGUUCGAGGGAAUGUGAAAUAUGGUAUUGUGACUUGUGAGCCUCUUCUGAGUUGCCUCACCCCGUCAUUGAUUGAAAGCAAUGAAGACGCUCUAGAAUCAGCUGACUUCAUUCUUCUCGAUGCUAACUUACCAGUUCCAGUUAUGACCAGAACUUUGGAAAUUGCGAAGAAACAUGAGAAACAAGUUUGGUUUGAGCCAACUGAUAUCGAGAAAACGAAGAAAGUGUUUGACACCGGCAUGGUUGGAGCAGUAACAGCCGCGUCACCAAACGCCAAUGAGUUCCUGAAAUGGGCAAAGCUCUGCCAUGUAUCUGUUGAUCCUUCCGUCAUUGAUUCCGCAGAUAGUGUACUUGAACUUAUCGAAAAAGAAAAAACGAAAUUGCUCCUGAACACCUCGGUGUUUGUUGUGACACUGUCAAAUAAAGGAUCAGCAGUGGCAUACAGAAACAAGUUAGGUCAGCUGGAGUAUCAAUCACUUCCUCCUCCGCUUCACAUGGAUAAGAUUAUUUCAGUUUCGGGUGCUGGGGAUAGUUUCAACAGUGGCGUUAUUGCGGGUUUGGUCCAUAAUAAAACAGUUGUCGAAUCUCUUCAAAUCGGCCAGGAAUGCGCUCGGCUCACUCUCCAGUCAACAUUGGCUGCAUCUGAAGCAAUCAGUUCACAUCUAUUGGCAUAA